CUAAAUAGUAGUAAUAAUUACAAAGCAGAAAUAAAAAAUAUGUGUUCAGCGCUUUACAGAACAAGCUGAUCUUUACUCCCAUACAAAGCAUAUAACAUUAAAUUUUUCUUUUUCCGAAUUAUCAAAUCAUUCUUUUUCCUGUUACAGAAGUGAAUGAAUUUGAAUUGGUUAAUGGGUUUUGCUUGUUUCUGAAUUCUUGAAAAUGAGUUCAUCAGAUCGGUUGUUUAACAGACAUAGAACAGUUCAUCAGAUUCUUGGAGGAAGUCUUGUUGCAGAUGUGAUGCUAUGGAGACGAAAAAAUCUAACAGUGGGAAUUUUGGUGGUAACUCUGGCUGCCUGGAUGGUGUUUGAGAUAUCUGGUUAUACUCUGCUGUCAUUAGUCUCAAGUGUGUUCUUGCUCCUCUUCACCAUUCUGUUUUUAUGGGCAAAAUCAGCAGCAAUUUUAAACAGGCCUGCUCCACCUCUACCACAUUUGCAUCUCUCGGAAGAAACCGCAAAUGAAGCAGCAACACUUAUUCGCAAUCACGUAAACACUCUGCUGUCCAUGUUUGAGGAUAUUGCCCAUGGAAGGGACUCGGGGAUAUACAUUAAAGUUGCUCUUAGUCUUUUGUUGAUAUCUGUAGUUGGGAGCCUCACCGAUUUCUUCACAGUGGGCUACACUUGUCUCGUUCUGGUUCUUACAGUUCCAGCAAUUUAUGAAAGAUACGAGGACCAUAUCGAUGCAUAUGCUCUCAUUGGGUACGAGAAGCUGCAGGGGUUAUAUGUAAGAUUGGAUGAAGUGUGCAUCACCAAGGUUCAUAAAUGGAUUUUGGAAAAGAAGAAAUUGAGCUGAAGGAUCAUAAAAUUUUGUGGUUUUCAAUUUUUGACCUCUACAUUUGUGGGUGCCUCCCCCCCCCCCCCCC